UGUCUAUUGCUAGGCACCUACUAUCUUUGAAAAUAAUGAACAUAAACAGAACAUAUUGCAACAUUUGGACACCAAUAAUGAUGGCAGCUAUAGCCGGACACUCUGAUAUUUAUCACCUUCUUUGUGUCAGAGGGAGCUGAUGUGUCCCUCAGUGAUAACAUGGGCAGAGACUGUCUGAUGUAUGCAUGUGAGAGAGGUAACAUGUCUAUCGUUAGGCAUCAACUAUCUUUGAAAACAAUCAAAAUCAACAGGAGAGAUCACGACAGCAUGGCUCCCGCCAUGGUAGCAGCUAAAGCCGGACACUCUGAUAUUUAUCACCUUCUUGUGUCAGAGGGAGCUGAUGUGUCUCCCUCAGUGAUAACAAGGGCAGAGACUGCUUGAUGUAUGCAUGUGAGAGGUAACAUGUCUAUCGUUAGGCAUCAACUAUCUUUGAAAACAAUCAACAUCAACAGGAGAGAUCAUGACGACAUGACACCAGUCAUGAUAGCAGCUAAAGCUGGACACUCUGAUGUUUUUCACCUUCUUGUGUCAGAGGAAGCUGAUCUGUCCCUCAGUGAUAACAAGGGAAGAGAUUGCCUGAUGUACGCAUGUGAAAGAGGUAACAUGUCUAUAGUUAGGCAUCAAAUGUCUUUAAACAGAAUCAACAUCAACAGGAGAGAUCACGACGGCAUGACAUCAGUACUGAUAACAGCUAAAGCUGACACUCUGAUGUUUAUCACCUUCUUGAGCCAGAGGGAGCUGAUCUGUCACUUACUGAUGACAUGGGCAGAGACUCUCUGAUGUAUGCAUGUGAUGGAGGUAACAUGUCAAUAGUUAGACACCUACUAUCUUUGAAAACAAUCAACAUCAACAGGAGAUCAUCACUUCAACCGUACACCCGCCAUGAUGGCAGUUGAAGCAGGACACUCUGAUGUUUAUCACCUUCUGUGUCAGAGGGAGCUGAUCUGUCACUUACUGAUAAAACAGGCGGAGACUGUCUGGUGUAUGCAUGUCAGAGAGGUAACAUGUCUAUCGUUAGGCACCUACUAUCUUUGAAAACAAUCAACAUCAACAGGAGAGAUCAUGACAACAUGACUCCAGUCAUGAUAGCAGCUGGAACGAGACACGCUGAUGUUUAUCACCUUCUUGUGUCAGAGGGAGCUGAUGUGUCCCUUACUGAUAACAAGGGCAGGGACUGUCUGAUGUAUGCAUGUGAAAGAGGUAAUGUGUCUGUAGUUAGGCACCUACUGUCUUUGAAAACAAUCAACAUCAACAGGAGAGAUCACUACGACAUGACACCAGUCAUGAUGUCAGCUGGAAAUAGACACGCUGAUGUUUAUCACCUUCUUGUGUCAAAGGGAGCUGAUGUGUCAUUUAGUGAUAACAUGGGCAGGGACUGUCUGAUGUAUGCAUGUGAGAGACGUAACGUGUCUAUAGUUAGGCACCUACUAUCUUUGAAAAGAAACAACAUCAACAGCAGAGAUCGAUGCAACUGUACACCAGUCGCAAUAGCAGCUAAAGCCGGACAAUCUGAUGUUUAUCACCUUCUUGUGUCUGAGGGAGCUGAUCUGUCACUUACUGAUGACAUGGGCAGGGACUGUCUGAUGUAUGCAUGUGAGAGAGGUAGCAUGUCUAUAGUAAGGCACCUACUAUCUUUGAAAUCAAUCAACAUCAACAGGAGAGAUCGCUGGAACAAAACACCAGUCAUGGUAGCAGUUCAAGCCGGACGCUCUGAUGUUUACCAACUGCUUGUGUCAGAGGAAGCUGAUCUGUCACUUACUGAUAACAAUGGAAGAGACUGUCUGAUGUAUGCAUGUAAUGGAGAUGAUAUGUCUAAAUGGCUCCCAAGAACCUCAGGUAACAUGUCUAUAGUUAGACACCUACUAUCUUUGAAAACAAUCAACAUCAACAGGAGAGAUCACUGGAACAAAACACCAGUCAUGGUAGCAGCUCAAGCAGGACGUUCUGAUGUUUAUCACCUUCUUGUGUCUGAGGGAAGUGUCCUUGUGAUGAACACACAGAAAGGAAGAUUCCUCACCUGCUACGAGAACGGCUCCAACACAAAACAAGGACACUCGCACCAGCCCAUUCCUGUGACAGAUGAAUUCAGUGAUUCCGCUAUCAUAGAGAAGUUUUGA